AUGGACGCAGCUGCUGCAGAGACCCAGCGCACGACGCAGAACUCGGGGAUCAAGGUCCGUCGUCCCCGGGCCGCCCGCGCAUGCGACCUCUGCAGGGCGAAGAAGAACAAGUGCGAUGAAUUGUAUCCUUGCACCUACUGCAAGAAUCGGAAUGCGACAUGUGUCUACAAAGGCCAGGAUAUGUCAAGGAGGCUCUACACUCCAGAAUAUGUGAGGCAACUAGAAGAACAGGUGAAGAGCCUCUCCGCAGUCGCCGAAUCCGUCAAGGCGCAGUCAGUCGAUGAUAAUGCCUCGGUAACAGCCACCAUUCCCGAGGUAUCAGAAGGCUUUUCUCCAGCCUGCAGCCUCCAGAGAGACCCAUCACGAAGCACUGCCGCCGGCUCACCGUCAAACGCCAGGUCAAGGAACGCAGCCGGCCAAGAGAUCUCCGGCGUCAACAGGCAUACCCGGAACGUCGAGUUCUACGGCAGCUCAUCGUCAGUAGCUCUACUAUCCCACGUCCAAAGGACCGGCGACGAACCAGUCAUCUCCCCGAACCAGGACUCCGACGCAGGCACUCUCCUCUCAAGCCUCCACAACCCGGCCUUCUCCUCCCCCUCGGCAGACCAGAUCCAGACGCCCGCGGCCGCUACCGAGGCGAGGUCGGCCGCGAGACCGGUGACGCAUUACCCGCAGUGCCGGCACUUUCUCCAGAGCUUCUUCUCCAGCAUACACUUUGUUCAUCCCAUCCUCGACAAGAAGAUCUUUUUCGACCGGUGCGAGGAGUUGUGGUCGAAGCCGAACGUCGCGCGGGAGCCCUCAAGCUUUAUUGCCUUGUACUACAGCAUCUUGUCUCUGGGCGCACUCAUUGGUGUCCGUGAAGAUGAGCCGAUUGACGGGAUCGAGAACCUGCAAUGGAGUCGGAAGUUCUUUGAUGAAGCCAAGAGGCGUUGCGAUCAGCUGGGGAUGGUCACGGAUCUGGAAAUGGUCCAGUGCUAUUUCUUCUUGGCCAAGGUGUGUCAAAACGAGCUGAAUGCUCACUGGGCAUACAUGUAUGUCGGACUUGCUGUGAGAACAGCACUUGCCAUGGGCAUCAAUCGAGAACCUGGACCCGACGUCAAGAAGAGGCCAGCUGCACUCAGAGCCGAGUCAAGAACGUGGUGGGGCCUUUACUCAUUAGAAACAGAAAUGUCCUUCUCGAUGGGUAGACCAGACACGCUCGGCGCAGAUUUAUACCAUAACCGACUCUUCCCGGUCAUUGGCGAGGCAGACACAGAGUACUCUGGUAGCCUGGAGCUUGUCGACCCGCCCUCAUGCGCCAUCAUCAAAAGUAUGGUGGACUACUCCAAAAUUAUCCGGAGCAUCUGCUUGGGCAUCUAUCUCCCGGAGACGACGGUACCACGAACCGUCCACCUGGCGCACCAAAUCGACCAGGAUCUGCAACGAUGGACGGAAAGUCUGCCCGAGCCUAUUCGCCCUACCACAUCGGUUGAGCCGCGCUCGUUGAAAAGCGUCAAGGAGGCUCAGUGGAUGAAGAGGCAGAGGCUAGUCUUGACGAUGCGGUUUCUCAACAUAAGAAUACUUCUUUUCGGGUCAAUCAUUCUCACAUCGACCUCUGCGGAGCGAGCCUCCAUCCCGGGCUCGCAAGAGGGCAUUCAGCUCUGUCUUGAGUCUGCGAAGCAGACCAUUGAGAUCAUCUAUCAGACAUAUCAGCAUCACGACUUUUUCCGUACAUGGUUUUACAACACAACAUACACCGUCUUCGCAGCAUCCAUGAUCCUAGUUUACGUGACACAAGAAGCCACUGAGCCCGAAGUGCAACCUCUGUUAAAACUGGUCAGCAUGGCCAUUGAGAUAUUAGAGACCAUGGACGAGUGCGUCGUCGCGCUGAGGUCGGCCAAGCUACUGCACAAGGCCAUUGAAAAGGCCGAAAAGAAGUUUUCAGCGUCAACGCCUGCGGCUCUACAGAUCCCUGCGAUGCCGCCUGCCGAUGUGAUGCUUCAGCUUAAUCACUAUUGGGGACCGUUGAACAUUCUCGACAAUGAGAUGGAUUUUGGAUUUGCAAUGCAGUAUGCAGACUUUGAGGGGACAAACUCGCUGUUUAUGGCGCUGGAUGACCCGAGAUCGAUGCAAUAG